AUGGCCACCCGUUCAAGAACACUGCUCUUCCUGCAGUUCAGGAAUUCAUACUCGGGCGCACACGCCGCCACUCUCCGUCAGCAGUACAACCAGCAACAGCAGCUCCAACAACAGUCAUCGCUCCUCGCCACAGCCGACGACAAUGAACGUGUUGGACUCAUGGACAGCGCAGAGACUACCAUCGAGUUGAUGAUGCUUCCUCCCAAAUGGAUCGAUAUCGUCGAUGAAGUGGACGAGGAACUGGAGAGGAUCAAAGCCAAUAUCCAAAAACUCGACGCCAUGCACAAGAAACAUCUCCUGCCAGGAUUUGACGAUCGCAUCCAGGAAGAGCGGGAUAUCGAGCGUCUCACUGAAGAGAUCACCCAACAAUUUCACGGAUGUCAGCGGAGGAUAAAGCGGAUCAAUUCCGAAAGCAGACAUUCGAGCUCCAAUCAAGAACAAGUCAUGUCUAGGAAUGUACAGACGAGUCUGGCGCAAAAGGUUCAGGACGUCUCCACCACCUUUCGACAAAAGCAAAACACCUACAUGCAACGCAUGCGUGGAGUGGAGCUUAGAAACAAAGAUAUCUUUAACGGAGUGCAGCCCAUUAACUCUUCAAUAUCAGACGACCCAGAAGAAAUUGGCUUCACGGGUGCACAGCUGGCUUUCGCGGAGCAAUCAAACACAUCAAUCACUCAGCGCGAGCAGGAGAUCAACCACAUCUCACGGUCAAUAUUCCAGCUCGCAGAUAUUUUCAAGGACUUGCAAACCAUGGUCAUCGAUCAAGGCACAUUGCUCGACCGCAUCGAUUUUAAUGUUGAGCAAGCAGCCGUACAUCUUCAGGACGCGGUCUACGAAUUGGACGAGGGCGAGAAGUAUCAAAAGAAGGCUAGGAACAGAAAGAUCAUCCUGCUGCUUAUGCUCCUCAUCGCAGGCUUGUUUAUCAUCCUCAUCUUCAAGCCCAAGCGUUAUAAUGCUUCAGUUCCAGCCCCGGCACCAGCGACUGCACCUCUCGUCCCCAAUACUCCACCUUUAACGCCACCACCUCAUCCAUUAGCAGAACCUGCAUUGGCUCCCGAGGUGGAAAAUCCGUUUCAGAAGACCUAG